GUUGCAGCGAGGGAAAGACUUCUAGCGACGAAUUGGGAAAUUUUUCCAGUUGGGAAGCUUACAAAAUCGCCCGAAGUGAAAUGAUGUGAAAUGAAUGAAAGGGAUUAUGGGAUUAGAAUCCGCAGGUGGCGUCCACCAUUCCUCCUUUGUGGCUUCUGCUCCAAAAUUCGCUGCUACUACCACUCCGUCUGGGCGCCCCUCUUUUGCUUCUGCUACUGCUACUACUUCUUCCAAUCGGUGAUUGAUCGCUUCAGUUGCGGUUGGGAGAUUAAUGCUUUGAACUGAAUGGGGGCAGGAGGCCUUUGAUUGAAAAGUUUGUUGGUUUUGGGGGUUUUUGUUUUGUUCUUGUCGUUGGUCAAUGGAUGGGGACAAGGGAGUUACUGGCGAGCCUCAAGUGCGGGAAGGUAUUUCGACGCCAUGGCAGCCGAGGCAGCUGGCUUUCAAGCUAUAUCAAGCUGCUCAGCGGUUGCAAACUGAGCGCGUUGUUGUAAAGAGACCUUUGGUGGCAAGAUUGACCAAAAACAUAGUUGAAACUUAUAAAAAGUGCAAUCCCCAAUUUAAAUAUUCAGAAGACUUAAAUCCCAAGAGAUACCUGACCAGUCCAAUCAAUUGGAGUUCUCAAUGAUGGCCAUGAUAAUCUAAACUCGGAUCUUAUUUUGAGCGUGAAUUGCCCCUUGAUCAACCCCGAGACACACAGAAGAUACGUUGUCAAAGAUGUCCUUGGCCAAGGAACUUUUGGCCAGGUUGCUAAAUGCUGGGUUGCGGAAACUAACAGUUUUGUUGCAGUAAAUAUAAUUAAAAAGCAACCAGCUUAUUAUCAACAAGCACUUGUUGAAGUAUCUAUUUUGACAACGCUAAACAAGAAGUAUGAUCCUGAAGAUAAGCAUCAUAUUGUCCGUAUCUAUGAUUACUUUGUCCAUCACCGGCACCUUUGCAUUUGCUUUGAAUUGCUCGACACAAACUUGUAUGAGCUUAUCAAGAUAAAUCAAUUUAGUCUUUGAGCAUUGUUCAAUUAUUUUCCAAACAGAUCUUACGUGGAUUGGCCUUGUUGAAAGAUGCUGGUAUAAUCCAUUGUGAUCUGAAACCAGAAAAUGUUCUUUUGUGCACAAGUUUGAAGCCAGCAGAAGUUAAGAUAAUUGACUUUGGAUCAGCCUGCAUGGAGGAUCGUACGGUCUACUCUUAAAUCCAGAGUCGUUAUUACAGGUCUCCUAAAGUUCUUCUAGGAUAUCAAUAUACUACUGCAAUCGAUAUGUGGUCUUUCGGAUGCAUUGUUGCAGAAUUGUUUCUAGAGUUGCCUCUCUUUCCUGGGGCCUCAGAAUUUGAUUUGUUGAGGCGAAUGAUUGAAAUACUUGGAGGACAACCUCCUGAUUAUGUGCUGAAGGAGGCAAAGAACACCGACAAAUUCUUCAAAUGCAUUGGCAACAUUUGUAACUUAGAGGGUGUUGAGGCCUCAUUGGGUGGCAGAACCGGGUAUCAAGCACUAACUAUAGAAGAAUAUGAAGCUAGAGAAUUGAAGAAGCCAUCAAUGGGGAAGGAGUAUUUCAAUCGUAUGAACCUUGAGGCUAUUGUGACAAACUAUCCCUACCGGAAGAACUUGGCACAAGAAGAUGUUAUGAAAGAAAGUAAAAUACGAUUAGCUCUGAUUGAUUUCUUGAAGGGACUUGUUGAGUUUGAUCCUGCGAAAAGGUGGUCGCCUUUUCAGGCUUCGAAGCAUCCUUUUGUUACAGGGGAACCAUUUACAUGCCCUUAUAAGCCUCCUCCUGAGACUCCUCGCAUGCCUGUCGCUCAAACUAUUAAGGUGGACCAUCAUCCUGGUGGUGGGCAUUGGUUUGCUGCUGGUCUAUCUCCUAAUGUUCAAGGCAAGAUGAGGAAUUCCAUGCAUGGCAGCACACAUUUUCCGAUGGUCCCGUAUUCACAUGCAAGUAGCUAUGGCAGUGUAGGAAGCCAUGGCAGCUAUAAUGAUGGCUUGGGCCUUGGAAGUAGCUAUGGAAGUUAUGGAGAUAGCAACAAUAUGUUUGCAUAUUAUUCACCAGUUAAUCAUUCUGGAUGCAUGCAUGUUAGAAACCGGCGGGUUGGGCCGGUUGGGUGAGGGGAGUGGCAGUUUCGUUAUUUUCAUUAUUUCUGUUUUGUAUUUAAGAGGAGAGAACACUAUUCUGCAGAGUUAGUCAAUAAUCAAUAUUAC